GCCUUCGUGUCGGUGGCGGAGCGGCACCGGGCAGCGCCGGGAGGGAGCAGCGGGGCCGCGGCCGCCGGACCGCCCCGCGGCCAUGGAGACGCUGUUCCGCCUGCCCUUCGCCGUGCUCGAGUGCCCCAACAUCAAGCUGAAGCGGCCGAGCUGGGUGCACAUGCCCUCGGCUAUGACCGUGUACGCGCUGGUGGUCGUGUCCUACUUCCUCAUCACCGGAGGAAUUAUCUAUGACGUGAUCGUGGAACCUCCGAGCGUGGGGUCGAUGACAGACGAGCACGGGCAUCAGAGGCCGGUGGCUUUCUUGGCAUACAGAGUAAAUGGACAGUACAUUAUGGAAGGCCUCGCAUCAAGCUUUCUCUUCACAAUGGGUGGCCUAGGAUUCAUAAUUCUGGAUCGAUCCAAUGCACCAAAUAUUCCCAAGUUGAAUAGGUUUCUUUUGCUCUUUAUUGGAUUUGUUAGUGUGCUUUUGAGCUUUUUCAUGGCCAGAGUUUUCAUGAGGAUGAAAUUACCGGGCUACUUGAUGGGAUAGUACCUCUUGUGCUGUGUGAAAGUUCGAGCUGAAUUUCCUCCUCUUCACAAAGUGUUUUAAGAAGAAACAAGAUCCAUAGUCACCAUCAACAGCAAAGAGACCUGGCCAUGAGAAACAACUAGGGAAAGUGCUUUCUCUGCAAACAAACUGUCACUACCAGUGGCUGAGCUGUAGUUUUCAAGCAAUGUUUUAUCAUUUCUGAUGUAGAGCUUUUGAAAAAGAGAAAGCUGUGUAGCUGAGUAUUUCUUUUAUAUUUCAUCUCAGUGUGAAGUAGGGACCCUACCGUUAGCUCUACCUGAAAGGAGUAUUUGCCAUUGACGGUUCUUCAUUGCAGGUCUGUCUCCUCUUCCCAGUUUGGGACGAUUAUGUAUGUGAAUCAGAGAAGAAACACUCAAAACAUUGAUUUUCAGGUUGUAAUCAGAAAAUUAGUAACUUUGGAUGCUUUACAGCCAGAAUACAAUGAGUCUGAAAUUAUUGUGAAGGCAUCUUUGACCUUGAUAUUAAUGCUCUAUGUGAGCAAAUCCAGACAUGCACUGGGAAGGGCAAACUGUAUGAAUGUGCAUUUUUUUAAAGAAAAAGUGUACAAAAGGAGCCAAAUAAAACUUAUUUUCUAAAAAAUCAUUUUA